AGGCGCGGGCCGUCACAGGUGGUCAGUGCGCUCGCGGCCUUCAGCAGCGCACCUGUGUCGUGCGGUGUCGUGUGGUGUCCAUCCGCGCUGCUCUCACGCCUGCACCCAAUACUCACAGGGAUGAACAGGCGGCAGCUGGCAGUAUUGGGCGCGUGCUGUAUGGUGCUGCUGGUGGUGGUGGCGGCGGUGCUGGGAGUGACGCUGAGCGCCGGAAAUGACGGGCUCCUGCCAGAGCGACUGGAGGCGGCGCGCUGCCCGAGGGACUACGGCCGCCGUCCAGUGUUGCUGGUCUCCCUUGAUGGCUUCCGAGCAGACUACCUCAAGAGGGGGCUCACCCCCACCAUUGAGAAGCUGGCCCAGAAGGGGGUCCACGCCCCCUACAUGUUUUCCUCGUACCCCACCGUCACGUUUCCUAAUCACUAUACUAUAGUCACGGGGCUCUACCCGGAGAGCCACGGCAUCAUCGGCAAUUAUUUCUACGACCCGGUCCUCCAGGGAUUGUUUACCCUCAACAGCCCAACCAUGUCCAAUGCGUCGUGGUGGGGCGGCGAGCCCAUCUGGAACACACUCACCCUCCAGGGAAAGAAGAGCGCCACCUUCUUCUGGCCGGGGUCAGACGCGGACGUUCAAGGAAGGCAUCCUACCUACUGGCUCAACUAUAAUCACUCCAUCCCCUACCAGCAGCGGGUCCUCAAGGUGCUGGAGUGGCUGAACUUGCCUGCUGGGGAGAGACCUGACUGGGUCUCCCUCUACUUCGACGAGCCCGACUACCAGGGCCACGCCACGGGACCCGACUCUCCUGAGGUAGACAAGCAGCUGGUGAGGAUGGAGAAGCAGGUGUCCAGCCUGGUGGAAGGCCUGGCCAAGGGAGGCCUCCUGCACUGUGUCAACAUUCUCCUGGUGGCCGACCACGGCAUGGCCCAGGCGGGGCCCCACAAUGUCAUCAGCCUCGACCAAUUUGUUCCAGAGAUCAGGGACCUCGCUGACGUCUUCUUCGGCGCCACCAGCAGGAUCAGGCUCAAGAACGACAGCCAAGAAGCGACGCUUGACCUACUGCGUCGCCUCUCGUGCCAGCUGGAGGGGAUGAGGGUGUUCCGUCCCGAGGACCUGCCCAAGCGACUCCACUACAGCAACAACAGACGCCUCGGCGACAUUGUGCUCGACCUCGACCCCGGAUACUUCGUCAAAGACCUCCGACCCAACAUCAAGUCGCGGCCACCCCUGCAGGGUCUACACGGCUACGACUACUACUUCCCCGAGAUGAACGCGUUGUUCGUGGGCUACGGGCCUGACCUCCAGCAGGGGAUGGAAGUGGAACCCUUCCAGAACAUCGAACUCUACAACCUCAUGUGUGCUCUCACCUCUGUUACACCCGCCCCCAACAAUGGCACCUGGGGAGCCCUACACCACCUGUUGGUCGACCCCCCAUCCAUCCCAGCACCUAGCCAGGCUGUCAAACCCCCGACUCUUCCUUACAUCAAGAACGGUGACAGUUCACACGAGUCCACCACUACUGGCUGCGAGGGUGACCUCCCCGGCUCUCAGGCGUGGAGGACGCUGCUGGAGCUGACAGAGGCGCAGCAGCUGCAGUAUGAGAAGAGCCACCUGCCCUGGGGAGCCCCGUCCUUGACGCCCUCAGAUCCGCCCUUCAACACCACCGACCCGACGGUGUCCCUCCUCCAUCACCAUAACCACGUCACAGGUUACAGUGAGGCGCUGAAGGUACCGCUGUGGACAAGUUUGACGGUGCAGGAGGCGCCGGUGGAGACGCCCGAGGCCCCCUGGUCCAGCGACCCCCGCCUGCCUCCUGACCACGCUGCCACCUGCGACGACUACCUCACCCUAGACAACCUCACCAUGACGCCCCUCUUCCCACCCAGUAUGGCAGGGCAUGCGGGGAGCUCCCCGACCAGCAACACCAGCUGGCAACACCUGCCGUACCUGGUAAGCAACGCCGUGGCCAUGAGCCCCCAGCUGGCGGAGAGGUGGUGGCAGCUGGUGGGGGAGAUGAUACCCAGGUGGUUCCACAGUCGAGGCCCCAUCAACGUGGUGCUGGGCCCGGUGUUCCAGGCUAAUGACCACGCCCUCAGCGACCCCCGCCACACCUUCAGGGGACCAGCAGUGCCGUCUUACAUGUUCGCAAUAGUGACCCGCUGCAGUGACCCUGUGACCCAGCUUGACCUCUGCCCCCUCCAGAGAUUGGACGCCCUCGCCUUCAUCUUCCCACAGUCUCAGCCAGUCCCCAACUGUCUGGGUGGUAGCCGUUACGCACUGUUGUACAGCGCCAAGGUGCGGGACGUGGAACUGGCCACCGGGUUGACCUUCUACCCUGACCUGACCUCCAGGGACCGCCUCAGGCUCGUCCUCAGGGUCCACUCUGACCUGUGGUAGUCACCACCUCCGCUGCCUCUCAGUGCUGUCCGGAGUCCAGGGGCCGGAUUCGGGCAAUAGUUGUAAACUAUACAUAAAUGGUUGUUAAUCUGUGUUAUUAAAUGUACAAAUAACAGGGACUUGUCGUUUGGGAGAUAUCGGUGCAUUAAUAUUUGUGUACAUAUGAUAGAUAUUUUUAGAUGUUUAAUGUAAAAUGUGAUUUAAUUACAUUAAGAAGCCAUAUUUUAUUCCCGAUUAAUAAAAAAUCUGAAAUAUAA